AUGCCGGGACUGAGAGCGCCGUCCGAUUAUUCCCUCGAACCUCCUCGCCACCCUCUUCUCCUCGUUAAUUCCAAGGAACCCUACAAUGCGGAGCCUCAUCGCUCGGCCUUGGCCGCUUCUUAUGUCACACCCGUCGAGUUCUUCUACAAGAGGAACCAUGGACCGAUUCCCAUCGUCGACCACAUCGACAAAUACUGCGUUUCAAUCACCGGUUUGAUCGACAAUCCCAAGGAGCUGUACAUGAAAGAUAUCAUUCUCUUCUUUGAAAAAUGGUCCUUUGUACAUACUUUCUUUGGCUUGCAGUGUGCUGGCAAUAGAAGGACUUCCAUGAGCAAGAAUAGGAAGGUGAAAGGAGUUGGAUGGGAUGUUGCAGCCAUAGGAAAUGCUAUUUGGGGUGGUGUCAAAUUAGCAGAUGUACUUGAACUGAUUGGCAUUCCCAAGUUGUCGCGUGUAUCGCAACUUGGAGGAAAACAUGUCGAAUUCAUAAGCAUCGACAAGUGCAAGGAAGAGAAUGGGGGCCCAUAUAAAGCAUCGAUCCCGUUAAGUAUGGCUACAAACCCCGAAGCCGAUGUUUUACUAGCCUACGAGAUGAAUGGUGAGCCUCUUAACAGGGAUCAUGGAUACCCGUUACGUGUUAUAGUCCCUGGCGUUAUUGGUGCUCGUUCUGUGAAAUGGCUCGACUCCAUUAACAUUACUGCCGAAGAAUGUCAGGGGUUCUUUAUGCAAAAGGAUUACAAAAUGUUUCCGCCUUCAGUCAACUGGGAUAAUAUCGACUGGUCCACAAGACGACCGCAGAUGGAUUUUCCUGUUCAGAGUGCGAUAUGUUCUCUGGACGACACUAACACUUUAAAUCCUGGAAAAAUAACAAUCAAGGGCUACUCGGUAUCAGGAGGUGGGCGGGGAAUAGAAAGAGUAGAUUUAUCGAUUGAUGGAGGCAAAACUUGGGUAGAAGCUUUUAAACAUCAGAAACCUGGGGAUCUAUACAUUUCUGAUGGUGAAAGCAGUGAUAAAUGGGCUUGGGUUUUAUUUGAGGCUGAGGCCAACAUACCCGAAAGGACUGAGAUAAUGGUUAAAGCCGUGGAUAUAGCUGGAAAUGUGCAGCCUGAAAAUGUGGAAGUCAUUUGGAACUUGAGAGGGAUAUUGAAUAACUCAUGGCAUAGAGUGUUAAAUAAUUGA